GCGUGCUGUCCAGCCUGGCCUCCCUCUGAGGCUGCCAAUGAUCACGCUGACUCGCCCUUUCAUAGGAUCCAGAUUAAUAUGGAUACCCCUAUCAUCAUCGUAUAUAAGAACUCCCAAACAUUUGUCCAACAGUUCAAAGAGAAUGUCGUCCACCAACCCCUCUAACGCCCCUCAGCCUGAGGAGGACUGGAAGCGCAGUGACGUUUAUCAUAACUCUUUCCUCAUACCUAAAGAUGAAGCUCUUGAGUUCGCUCAGAAGAAUAGCCAGGACAAUGACCUUCCAGCCAUUGCAGUAAGCCCUGCUCAGGGGAAACUACUGAACCUUCUCGCUCGUUCCAUCGGUGCGAAGAGGAUCCUUGAAGUUGGAACGCUCGGCGGAUAUUCAACUAUAUGGCUCGCCCGAGCACUCCCCGAAGAUGGCAAGCUGGUCACUGCAGAGCUGGAACAGAAGCACGCAGACGUCGCCCGGGCCAAUCUGGAACAUGCAGGCCAAUAUUCGAAAGUUGAGAUCCUCGUAGGACCAGCUGCAGAGACACUGUCAAAGUUGAAGCCUGAGCAACCCUUUGAUCUUGCUUUCAUUGACGCAGACAAGAUGUCCAACUUGAUUUACUUCCUUGAGGCUAAGCGUAUGGUGAAGAAAGGAGGCAUCAUUGUUGUUGACAACGUCGUCCGUGAAGGCAGAGUCGCGGACCCCACCUGUAACCAUGAGAGCAGCGAAGGUGUGCGGAAGCUGUUGAGACAUCUCAAAGAUGAUCGGGAUGUAGACGCAACAACCAUCGCCACGGUCGGCGAGAAAGGAUAUGAUGGUUUCCUUUACGCAUUGCUCAACGUACAGAACAUUGCGUACUCACAAGUCUUUACAUGCAUUGACAUUGUUCCAUUCCCGAACUCAUGAUUCUCCUACGUUAAAUAUUGCUUCAACGUUUGUCGUUCAUGCAUAUAUAUAUUCAUAUGCAUUCGCAUCUG